AUGAAGACCUACAAACUCUUAUUAUCUCUCACAGUCACGGUAGUGUUAAUCGUCUCCAAUAUUUCUUUCCAAGCCCAAGCACGGGCUCCUCCUCCGAUAACCAAUGCAACUCUUGAGAGGGUAAGCUCUUCUCUGAAAAGGUUCGUUGAUAAACUACCACAAAUGCCAAAGCUCUACGGUUAUUCCAGGAUUUUUCCCAUUCCCGCAAGUCUCACCAUCGGCAUGUAUCAGAAGAAAUGGAAGUUCCACCGGGACUUGCCUCCGACGACGGUCUUCGCUUACGGAACCUCCCAAAAGACCGCUACUGUUCCGGGUCCCACAAUCGAGACACUCCGCGGAUUACCAACUCAUGUGACGUGGCAAAAUCAUCUCCCUCGAAAUCACAUACUCCCAUGGGAUCGAACCAUCCCCACCGCCAUCCCCAAGCACGGUGGCAUCCCCACCGUCGUCCAUCUCCACGGCGGUGUCCACCAGCCACAGAGUGAUGGCAGCGCCUUUGCCUGGUUCACCUCCGGCUUCAGAGAGACCGGACCGGCCUGGUCCCAGAAGACAUACACCUACCCGAAUGUCCAACACUCCGGGAACCUCUGGUACCACGAUCAUGCGCUUGGCUUGACACGUGUUAACCUCCUAGCUGGCUUGAUCGGUGCUUAUGUCAUCCGUGACCUUAUCUUGGAUGGUAUUCUGGACCUCCCACGUGGACCCGAAUUUGACCGGCACUUGGUCGUUUUCGAUAGGAGUUUCUCCACUGAUGGAUCCAUCUACAUGAACUCCACCGGCAAUAACCCGUCAAUCCAUCCCCACUGGCAACCGGAAUACUUCGGAGACGCCAUUAUCGUUAACGGCAAGGCCUGGCCGUACCUUAAGGUUCAACGUCGGAAGUACCGCUUCAGGAUCAUAAACGCCUCCAAUGCACGAUAUUUCCGAUUCUCAUUAUCCAACGGUCUCCCGUUUGUCCAAGUAGCAUCGGACUCAUCCUACCUGCCCUCACCCGUCCACACACCAAAGAUACUCCUGUCACCAUCUGAAAUUGCUGACGUGGUCAUUGAUUUUUCAAAUUCAACAACGAAACAGGCGGUGUUGACCAACGAUGCCCCAUAUCCAUACCCCACCGGUUCAGCCGUGAACCAGCUAAACGGGAACGUCAUGAAGUUUAUAAUUGCACCGACACGUCCAUCCCGACCGGACACAUCAAGGGUGCCGGCAAAUCUAGUGAAAUACCAAACGGCGACAACCGAUGGGGCAGAACAUACAAGGUACAUAGUAUUGUAUGAGUAUACCAGCAAAUCCGGAAAGCCCACACAUCUCUACAUAAACGGGAAAAGGUUGCUGGAUCCGGCGACAGAGACGCCAAAAUCCGGCACCACUGAGGUGUGGAAGGUGAUCAACUUGACCGGCGAUAAUCACCCACUGCACCUACAUUUAGCUUCGAUCCAGGCAAUCAAGGUGCAGAAGCUGGUGAAUUUGAAGAAGUUCAAGGGCUGCAUGACUACCAAGAAUGAUGCAGUCGCCUGCAAUGUGACUCACCAUGCAACUGGGAGGUUGCUUGCCAUACCUCCUUAUGAGAGAACAUGGAAGAACACUGUCAAGAUAGAGCCCGGAUACCAGACAACGGUAGUCGUCAAAUUUAAUCUGGUUGAUACCGGCGCGCCUUAUCCGUUCGACACUACCGCAAAACCUGGAUACGUCUACCACUGUCAUAUUCUGGACCAUGAGGACAAUGCUAUGGUACGACCAAUGAAGCUGGUUACAUAA